AUGAGGAUAAGUAAUUAUGCUGCUGAGCCACUCCUACGUACCUGUGGCAUCACAAUCAACAACGAAUUUAUGCAAGUUGAAGGCCGUGUUUUGGCUGCUCCCGAGCUGGAAUUUGGUGAUGGGGAAGAUUUUCCAAGAAAUGGACGUUGGAAUGUAAAGGACAAGAAAUUUUCAAAUCCCGUUACAAUUAAAGACAGGGUGGUAGUGAACUUCUCUGCACGCUGUAACAUAUUCGACCUUUGCAGAGACCUGGUGAAGUGUGGGGAAAUGAAAGGCAUUGAGAUCCCUAAGUUUCCAUUGUGUACUUUUGAGGAGGAUCCACAGUAUAGGCGAGCACCACCUCCUGUUCGAGUGGACAAAAUGGCUGAUCAAGUGAUGUCACGACUACGUUAUAAACCCCCUACUAUUAUUCUGUGUGUCUUUGCUGAUAGGAAAAAUUCUGAAAUAUAUGGCCCUUGGAAAAAGAAAGCCCUUGUUGAACUUGGAGUUGUUAGUCAAUGCUUGGCACCUCAACGAGCCAAUGAGCACUUGGGCGGAGUGAAUCAUCGGCUUGCAGUUGAGCGUAACAUUCCUGUGCUCAUUGAUAAGCCUAUAAUCUUCGGAAUGGAUGUCUAUCAUGGCUCUCCUGGCCAGUCUGGAGUUCCCUCUAUUGCUGCUGUUGUGAGUUCUAGGCCCUCAUCAAUAUAUCGGUACAGAGCAUCUGUCCGUUCUCAGUCCCCAAAGGUUGAAAUGAUCGAAUCAUUGUACAAGCCUUUGCCUACAGGAGAAGACGGAGGCAUUUUCAGAUUAGAUGUGCAUGAUAUUUGCUUUUUUAAUAAAGAGCUUCUGGAGGAAUUCUACAAAAGUUCACGCCCCCCAGUUAAGCCAUCACAAGUCAUAGUAUUUAGGGAUGGAGUGAGUGAGUCGCAAUUCAAGCAGGUCCUCAACAUAGAGUUUGAACAGAUUCUUCAGGCAUGCACAGCGCUUGGUGAUAGUUGGUCUCCUAAGUACACCAUAAUCAUUGCUCAGAAAAAUCAUCAUACCAAGUUUUUCCAACAAGAAAGACCUAAAGACAAUGUACCACCUGGUACUGUGGGUGACAGCAAAGUCUGCGAUCCUCGUUACUAUGAUUUCUACAUGUGUGCGCAGAAUGGGAUGAUUGGCACAAGCAGGCCAACUCACUACCAUGUUCUGCUUGAUCAGAAUGCCUUUACAGCAGAUGAGCUGCAAGAGUUGAUUCACUCUUUAUCCUAUGUGUAA